AUGUUGUUCGAUGGUAGACGACUUGUAGAGCAAAAACAAACGACAGUUAAUCCUUCCGUCGGCCACAAGUCUUCCUUAGAUACAUCGUCGAAGCCAUCCUCUUCAUCCGUAUCAUCUUCGUUGAGCUCCUCAUCCGGUGAUGCAUCCUUCUCUGAGUCCUUUCUCUUCCACGUGACCCCGGUAAAAUUGGAUCGAUGUCAUAUCGUUAUAGAAAUGUUUGACCAUGACAGUUCCAAUCAACCGCUUUCCGUUGGACAUUGUGUUAUCGGUCGAAUGGGCGACAUUACGGGUCACGCUCAUUGGAUACAAAUGAUCAAAAAACAUGGUCUACCCGUAUGUAUGUGGCACCGGAUUGGCGUCAAUUGA